AUGUCAAUAGCAGGAAUCGGAAUCAAAUGGAGCGAGAAACGAACGGAGCAAGGUCAGAUGGCUGGAUACAAAUGUCAUCAGGCUGGAGAAGCCGCUCAGAAGUCAGUCAAUCAAACACUAUACAACCGAUGGUUUUGGUGGCCUCCAGUAAUCAUGGAGUUGGAUGCUAUGUUGACGCGACGGAUAUCUCCUAGUGAGCCUGUGCUGGGAAUGCGGCCUCCAAUGUUAGGAGAUGUUCCUGAGCGAGAUAGUAUUAAGCUGGAGCUCUUCUCACGAUGUAGGUACAUCAAUCUUCAAGCGCAGAAAGCCGUCUCCUUCUCUGGUAGUGCUCCAGCAACUUCCCAAUCCGAAGCAUCUUGCUGUAGUCUUGUAACUUCGGGGAUCGGAACGAAUAAGAUGGCAGGGCCGAAGACUGCAUCGGUAGAUGGAGAGCAACCGAGAGACGGAGGUCAGCGCCCGAAAGUCACAGACGAAAGUUUGGGUUGCAUGGCGAAUGAUAGCGGUCGCGAAGGUGGUAACAUGUCAGCGUUGGAUCGGUGGUUGGGCGAAACGCGGAAGGAGGAGCCUUGGAGUGCGUAUAGUCGAACGCCUGACGCCUAAGUGGUGCUGUGUUGUCCGCGGCGCAUGAUCGUAGACGAGGAUACAAGCGGCUUUAAGUUUGGGCUGCAAAGAAAGCCUCCUACACUUAAGCUUUCAUUAGAUCUUUUCAUGUGCCGUAUAUCCGUGACAUUCCGAACUCUUUUGCAAGUAUAUCUUUUGGCUAGAUGCAAGUGUCACAACUAGACUAGGCUUCGAUGGAUAGCUUUCGUAGUGAUGAUGUCGAAAAAGAAGCGGUUAGGUCGGGUGUUCGGGAAUUGAAUCGGGCAUCCGAUCACAUGGGGAUUGCGACGGUGUGCAGCUUCAGGCCUUCGACAUAGCGGUGUGUAUCGUUGAUGGAAGUGCGAAAAAGAAGGAGGGAGCCUACAGCCACACUGAUGCUCGCGGAUGGAAGGUCAAGAUGCUAUCAUUC